GCCUGUUUGCACCCAGCCAAACUUCUUCAUCGCAACAGCUGCUCCAGUGCACCAGCCACAUCUCUAAGGUAACAUGGCUUUCACGGGCAGAUAUGAAGUGGAAAGUGAAGACAACUAUGAUGCCUUUGUGAAGUGUAUUGGUAUCCCCAGUGAUAUCAUUGAAAAGGGAAGGAAUUUCAAGAUUGUCACAGAAGUGGCACAGAAUGGAAAUGACUUUGUCUGGACCCAGAUCUACCCCACAGGUCAGUCCAUGACCAACAAAUUCACCAUUGGCAAGGAAGCCGACAUGGAGACAAUGGGAGGUAAAAAGUUCAAGGCAACUGUUAAAAUGGAAGGUGGGAAAGUGGUUGUUGAUUUCCCUAACUACCAUCAUACUGCAGAGAUUGCUGGUGGAAAACUAGUAGAGACUUCUCACAAGUUGACCAGUCUGUCCUUGACUGACUUAGCUGACUACAUAAAGUACAUGGGCUUCAAGAGUUGA